CUCAGCAUGCCACUUGGGCUCGUCAUAGUGCUGGAAGCUUUCAACUAAUCGACACGUCGAGUCGCAAUGUCGCCUCAAGUUACCGCCCUACUGUGCUGCCUGAUCAUUGGAAUUGGGACCGUUCGCAGUGCAGCAGUCAAUAAGACACGCCUCAAACGUGCGGAUACUCGUGACAUACCAUCGAAUAUGUUCAAGCCGCUUAACCAGGCAUCGCAGGGAAAUCAGAAUGCUUCGUUAUCGGGUGAUUACCAAGAUCUUAGUCUUUCCGAACACACAACAGGAGAGGCGCAUGUAGUGACAAUUCCUCCGAUUCAAAAUCGUAGAGUACAGAACUCAGAAGAAGACGAUUAUGAUCAAUUCGAGGCAAAUAGACGCAGAUACUAUAAUUCCAUUGCAAAUGUAAAUCGCCCGAUGCCUCCCAUGACUUCUUUUGGCACGAGCAUCGACAGAAGUUCACCGCGCUUUGGGAAUUCUCGUUUCAAUCGGCCACAGUUUCACACUUCAGGUUCGCAGUUUGGCUCUUCAGGUUCGCAGUUUGGCUCUUCUGGAUUUGAAUAUGGCCCUUCAGGAUCAAAUUUGGGGCAAACGAUUCCCCUAAUAGGAUCGGGCUACAUAAGUCCAGAUCCUUUCGGUCCAAGUUCAUCCAGCAAUUUCUAUCGCUCCGAGUCUUAUAGCUAUUCCUCAGAUGGCAAUGGUCCGCCCCAAGUGGAGCGUAAUGUUUACGACUCUCGCCUUGGUCACGGCUUUUCAAGUCGCAACUUUUAGCAUCGACAACUAUUUAAAAUAGUCUUUGUCCGAUUAUGCAACAAAUAAUACUCCUAGAUUGUUGAAUACUCGUUCGUCGCAUUUGUUAUUGCGCUGCUGAUAAGUCCCUCUAUUGUGACCUUAUAGGAAACGUAUUCCGCAUUAAUUGACCUUUCAUGAUCAAUAAAUCGACAUGGAAUGCAAUAAAACUAUUUUUAUUAUAAAUAAACAACACUGAACAAAUA